AUGCCGUCCCCCCGGACGACAAAACAGCUACAGCAGUUGACGGGGAGGCUAGCGGCACUGAAUCGUUUUGUUUCUCGAUCCUCGGAUAAAUGUCUGCCUUUCUUUAAGGUCCUGAAGAAAGCCUUCAGCUGGACGAAAGAGUGUGAGAGAGCCUUUGCAGAGUUGAAAACCUAUUUGACUAAUCCCCCGCUUCUGAGUCGUCCAGUAGAAGGAGAGAUCCUCUAUUUGUAUCUCGCGGUCUCACAGACCGCGGUCAGUUUGGUGCUAGUAAGGGAAGAGUUAGGCAAGCAGAGGCCGAUAUAUUUCACGAGCAAGGUACUGCACGGGGCGGAGGAACGAUAUCUCCGCAUAGAGAAGUUGGCAUAUGCUCUUGUAAUUUCGGCACGAAGGUUAAGACCCUACUUCCAAGCACAUGCUGUCCGGGUAUUAAUAGAAUACCCACUCCGAAAAAUAUUGCACAAACCGGAUUUGUCGGGAAGAUUGGUCAAUUGGGUGAUCGAGUUAGGGCAAUAUGAUAUUGAAUACCACCCCCGGACGGCUGUAAAGGGCCAGGCUCUAGCGGAUUUCGUAGUAGAAAUGAAUGAGACACCGGAUGUGGAGGAACUGCCAAAGGGCUCAACUUGGAUUGUCUAUGUAGACCGCUCGUCGGCGGGGGGAAGAUGUAGGGCCAGGAUAACUUUCCGGGGUCCCAAUCGAGAAGAAUUCCGAUACGCCCUCAAGUUCGGAUUUGCUGCAACGAACAAUAAAGCCGAAUAUGAGGCCGUGCUCUCGGCCAUGAAGAUUGCCCGGGAGAUGGGAAUAAUGAAUUUGGAGAUCCGGAGUGACUCGCGCGUUGUAGUCGAACAAGUGAAUGGGAGUUAUGCUGCCCAAGAAGCGAGGAUGUCGCAGUACCUGGACAAGGUACGCCAAUUCUACCUUUACUUUGAUAAGGUUGUUCUAACCAAAGUCCCCAGAGAAGAAAAUGGCUUGGCGGAUGCUCUUUCGCGCAUCGGUUCGGGGACAGACCCAGCAGUGACUGUAGGAGGCUGCAAGAUCUUGGUUAGAGCUCGCCCAACAAUAUCGUCAGAUGUAGAGGUAAUGCAGCUGAACGAAACGGAGCCUGAAUGGGGAGCGGAAAUUGUGCGAUACUUGAAGAUGGGAGAGCUCCCCCUGGGAAGACAGAAGCUCAAAAAGUCAUUCGGAAUUCGGCUCGCUAUGUGCUGGUCGGAGGGAUUCUUUACAGAUGUGGAUACUCUCUUCCUCUGCUGA